CUUCGACAAGCCACCGGCUUCCUGUCCUCGUCGAGGCCACUUGUGUUUGUGUUCUUCAGGUCUGUAUUAGGCGGCCCGGGCCACAUUACAGCUGGAUCAGUCAUUACAUGGAAAGUUCUACCAUCUUCACACCAUACACACAACGUCGCUCUGGUUAUUGCGUGGUGAAUGAAGAUGGCAGGGAAAGAGGUACUGUGGCACGAUAUCUCUCUUGAUGUGGGCUGGGGAAAGCUUCGUGGCAAAACGUGUAUUGUUGGAAAUUUUGACGAUAAGGAUAGUACAAAGAUUUUAGGUGUGCAUGGAUGGCUUGACAAUGCUAAUACCUUUGACACACUUGUACCCCUCUUACCAUCUGGGAUAGAAAUGUUGGUUCUGGACUUGCCAGGACAUGGCUUAUCUGACCAUCUGCCCCUUGGCGCUCGUUAUGAUCCCUUUACGUAUGCAUUUAAUCUUCGGACAGCAAUUUGGAAAUUAGGAUGGAAGAAAUUUAUUUUAAUGGGACACAGUAUGGGUUCAGCUGUGUCAAAUUAUUUUACUGCCCUCUUUCCUGAAUAUGUAGUGGCACUCAUUAAUCUAGAUUUUAUUAAGCCAGGUCAUAUUGCUUCAAAAAUAGAAAGCUGGCGUAAUGAUGCACACAACAUUUUUAAAGCUGAGCAAGAGCAAAGGGAUCCAAUAGUGUUUACUGAAAGUGAAGCAAUAGAUCGCAUGGUGGCUGCACGUGUGUUCUGGGAAGGUGGAGACUCUCAUAUUGAUCAAGAUGCAGCAUAUGUACUUCUUCCCAGAUCUGCACGUCAGGUUGAUGGAGGAUAUAUCUGGACCCAUGACCCAAAGGCUCGACCAAAUUUUCUAUCUGUGUUUACCAAUGAUAACUGGCUACAUGCCAUAUCUUCAAUCAAAUGCCCAGUUUUGGUGGUUCGAGCCACAGAUGGUGUUUGUUUCCUACCUAAAACAUAUUACCAAAAAGAAUUAAAUGUGUACACCAAAAAUGCAAAGUGGUUUGAUAUUACUGUUGUGGAAGGGUCACAUCAUGUGCACUUAACUCAUCCAGAGCGGGUAGCACCAGAUGUGUCAGCCUUUAUUGAAAAAGUGGCCAAGUGUACCCUAGGCCAGAUACAUGCAAAAUUAUAAAUAUCCUUCGAAGCAAACAAGGAAAAUUUCUUUACUUGAAUUUACCCAAGGGCUGCUAUCUCUCUAGUGGUCUCAAUGAAGACAGGAAGCCAGUGGCUUGUCAAUGGACCCCUAUUUGCCCUGAUGAUUUUGUAUAUUUGGAUCUUAAAUGGCAGCAGUGUUUUGGCAUUAACGACUUGGGGAGAUACAGUAAGCAGUUCCAUGGGUGUAAAAUGUCUUUUGGUUUCUGUCCUAUAUUGUGGCUUGUUGAGCUUAAAACUGUUGCUCCUUGUUUGUGAUACGUUUGAUCUUUUGAAGAUGUAGUCUGAAUUAAUAUCCUCUAAACUGUUCAAUAUUGUACUGGGAUUACUAGAUUGAGAUGAUCUUGCACACCACAUUACACAUCACAGUACAGUACAGUCUUCAGAAAUACCUACCGGUAAAUGGCAAAUGCCUUACAGCCGGUUUAGAUAUUGAGAAGCAUGUAACUAGUAUGUGUGUGGUUGUGGUACCUUCAUCUAAUAAGUGACAGGCUAGGGUACAGUAGUGUAAAUAUAUACUGAGGUCCCUGACAUAUCUACAACUGGUAGGCUACUAACAUAAUUUGAUUUUAUAAAUUCCUUGACAGUACUUCUCACUAGUAAAUAUAGUUUAACAUGUUGAAUACAUGUAAGGAUAUUUUUUAGUAAAGAAAAUAUAAUUUUAGGCAUUGAUCUAUUCAAGAAUAAGUUGUAUGAAUAUUAAUGAAAAUACAACUUCCACCUACCUAUAAUCCUCUUGUUAGUUUAUAUGACCUAUACACUAUGUAAUCAAAACUAUUGUAUUGUGCUAAAAUGUAUAUACUGUAAUAGUCAGAAAUAUAUCCAUAAAAUUUAUAGAAA